UUUUUUUUUUUAAUCCUCUGUUUAUUUCAGCUGAAAAUCUCUCUCUCUCUCUCUCUCUCUCUCUCUCUCUCUCUCAUUGGCUAUCUUUUUUCUCCUCUCCUCUUAAAAAAAAUACUUUUCUCCAUGUUCUUUCAAUCAACUAUCUCUUCCAUACUUCUGUUAAUGAUCUCUCAGGAAAUGACUGUUUCUUGUUCUUUCAACUGACUUUUUCUGAUCAGCACAAGUGUAGCAGUGUAGAGCAAUGUCUCAACAGGAAGGAGGAUGGCCGUUGGGUUUGCAGCCGUUGAAUAUGAGAGUUGGGUUGGUGAGAAGUAGAGAAUUAUCUGGGUCCAUUUCCUUCAGCACCUUGUUAUCUGAUUCUCCAAGCUCUUCUUCUGUUACCUCUUCAGAUUUAGAUACCCAGUCUACUGGGUCAUUCUUCCCAGAUAAAAGCACCACCCUCGGCAAUCUCAUCGGCAUUUCUAGCAUUCUAGAACUUUCUGGAAGAAGGCCUGAAAACUCAGAGGUGAAGAAGACCUGUAGGGUGAGGACAUGGUUCUCUCUCUGCACAAAAGCUUGUGGUAAUGGCUGCAAUAGUCCCAACCAUCCUCAAUCACUGGGACACUUCCUUGAAGUGGAGAGAAAAGCUGCCGGAGUCUACCGGAGGAGGAAUCGGAAUCUGACCCGUUACCGCCGAAGCGAAUUCCAUGAAUUUCGAUCAGUUUAUGAGUCAAAUUCGCAGUUCGUGGGCCCCUUGAUUGCUAGUUCUGAUGAGUCUCUCUAGUUUUUGAGAAAUGCUAGGGGUGAUUUGUGCUAUGUUCUAAUGUGGGCUAUUUAUCAGGUGGGUCCCACUAUGUCUGUAACAUUAUCCAAAAAUUGGGCUGGUCUUAUCAUUUGGUGGGCCCCACUCAUUAAAAUGGAUCGGUGGGGUGGUCCACAUUUUUCUGUACAAGUGGCCUACCUGAUGAGGAACCUGAUUUUUUGGCCACAUAACAUACAGGGUUAGGCCCACCUGAUGAACUGCUCAGAUCACACAGACAUGAGACACUGCCAAAUUUGGACGUUCAUCUAGUUUUGUUUACAGAUGUUCAGGAACCAGAUCCGUGGUUGGGAUUAGAUGUUGUAAUGGGUCCCACCAGAGAUUUAUUCCCAUGCCGAUGGGUAUGGUAUACCAUUUUCAUGCGUGUUUGGAUUGUGGUGGAUCCACCAUGCUCCACCUUCCUGAAUUCCAUGCUUCUUUGUGUUGAAUUUCAUGCAGAAGUAGAAAUGAAUAAAGAUUUCGUUUCACAUGGCCCCAUCUCUCGUAGAGGACUACAAGUAGUUGUUUGAUAGAUUCCCUGACUAUAUCACCUGUAUUCAUGCAAAAAGUCAUUUUACA